AUGACAGUCGCAUCGUAUCCGACUCCUGCUAAAUUGCAAGAGACGCUGUUGGUCACAGCACAAGGACUGCUCCAAACGCGAGCUGCAUUGGAAAGCGCUGUUGCUCUUGAUGAAGAGGACAUAAGCCACGCGCUAACUGAUGUCAUAUCAACCUUUUGCGAAACUUAUGCAGAUUGGAUCUUAGAUGGAGAACAUCCGCAAGAAUCUGUUGCGCUAAGCGAGCUAAUGCUGUAUUUAGGCUCUCAUCAUCGCCGUCAAAUAGCGUCUCUUACUCUUGAGUUUUGGUUAGUUGUCCAAGACGAGCCUGUCAUGUCACGACUUCAAUUUUAUCAACAUGAUGCCUUUGUACGACUGUAUGACGUUAUGCUCAUGCAGUGCCAGUAUCCCGUCGGAAGUGCAGAAGAUCUGGAUGAACUUGAGCUCGAUGAUCUUAAUUCUUUUCGAAAUGGAUUUCAAGGGGUCUCAGAAGUUUUCAUAUCGAUUUUUUCUUUGUUAAAAGAAAGAUACCUUAUACAUCUACUUCCAAUCGUUCUAUCAACUACAUCAAGUGAGUGGCAGAGCGUUGAAGUCGCUUUUUUUGCUGUCUCGACGGUUGCCGAUGAGAUUACGAAGAAACUGGUCAACACAUCUUGUAAUACCGACCUAGAGACUGUGACUUCACAAUUUUUACAGGCUGCACUAAGAACAACAGGAACAACACAUCCUUUGGUCAUCACUGCAGCUUCACGGGUAAUCGGUCAAUUUAGUGCCUGGAUCAACGAGAAAGCUCUAGCAUUAGGCGCGUUUGAUACGGUGAAGGCUGUUCUUUUGUAUUUAACAAGUGCUCUUGGUCUUGAAAUGAGUUGUUCCAAAGCUGCAAAAAGCUUUAUGCAAAUUGCAACGAAUUGUGCGAGCUGUCUUGCUGACAUGCCGCCGAGCCUCCUUGUGACCAGCGUGCAGCACUUUGCUGCCCCUGGACACUUCAUGCCAAUCGACGAUCGAUUGCUAGUUGUCGAAGGCAUCGUCCGUGUCGCAGCAGUCUCUCGUCACUGCUCGGAAAUCCUGUCGGCCGUGUUAUCAGAUUCAUUAACCCGUUUGGACCAAAUAUUAGUAACAACAGGAAUUGAUGAUGUGGCGGUGGCUCGUAUUGCGUGCAAUGAGCUACAGGUACUAGGUAAGGUGAUGCGAUUCCUAGACGCGCCUGCAGAUGUAGCGGGAGGCAAGAAUAUUACAAAGUGGGUAGUUGAGCAAAUUUGGCCUCAUCUAAACCUUUUAGCACCACGAUUUGAAGUUGAUGAGGGUAUCACGACAGCUCUAUUUGAGUUGUAUGGGUGGUGCUUGCAGAGUUUAAAACAGGAAAUGGCCCCUCAUCUCAAUGGCAUUGCAAAUCUGAUUGUACGAGUGUUUGAGCAGCGGCGCUUUGUUGCCCCACUCCAAUGUGCGUCUGUGACUGUUGAUGUCUUUGCAAAGGAGUCAAAUGCCGAAGUUGUUGAGAGUUUUCGUGGCCUAAUCGGCGCAUUGAGUCAGUCAGCAUUUCAAUUUUUCAAGACACAUUCACUGGCUGAAUCACCAGAUGUACUACGUUCAUUCUUUGAGCUAGCGUAUCGCUUUCUACUUUUCUGUCCAGCAGCAAUACUACCAAGUGCCGAAUUUCCGGUGCUUAUCGAUCUCAGCUUGGCCUGCUUAGGCAAUCAGGAUCGUCCCUCAACAAAUGCAGUCAUCAUGUUUCUCACUUAUUUGCUUAACGAAAGCACUUCCAAAUUGGCAUCUUUCACACCAACCAUUAAUGCCAGUGUCUUAAAUGCUGGCCAAACGGAGAAGUGGGUUGAUAACCUUCUUGAUGCGCUUGCCUCAAAGAGUCCGAGUGCUCUCUACGAUUCGCUGUCUAAACUAUUUUAUGCACUAUUGACUAGUUUUACCAACAAUGAACGAGUAAGAAUUGCUCUGAUUCAAUCUCUAGCCCGCGACGCAAUAGGUUUGACUGAGUUGCGCCCCGACGACCGUCAGCAAGUGCUACAUAUAUGGUUAUCGCUGGCCUCUCAGCCAUCACUUUAUUCCGAAAGACGAUUUCGUGGUUUAUGCUCUGAUUUUGCCAAAGUUUGUCGAAGAGAAUUGACAGUGGAUACACUUUACUCAAUUGAUGCCUGA